CUGGUUAUCCAGGGAUCACUCUCCGAAGGAGAAAGUUUUGGCGACUACUUUGCCAAGCGAAAAAGAAAAAUACAAAAAUAAUAAGAUAUGUCGAAAGUGGGAAUUCAGUUGCCAGCGACAAAACAGGGAAAGCCGACCCGAUCAGCUUUCGGCAAAAAGUACACGGGAAAAGGGUGGCCAGGUCGCCUAGAGUUCCCGAACGCUCAGCCGCUCGACAGAGCCUUGUUUGGUAAUCUGGCACGCUUGGGCCCAUCCUCGCUCGCGCAGAGAAUUUACGUGGACGUCGAUAAACCCAUAGGAUGUGGACAUCAUUCAAUUAUCUUCCCGGCCUUUAUCCCCGGUGAGGUGAAUAUAUCCAGGUCAGUUGUCAAAGCCAGACGUCACAAUGGAACGGCCGAUUCGGAGCGAGAGAUCACGAACGAAGUUCUUCUCCUGCGAAAGAUGGAGCACCCAAACAUUGUGAUGUUCUACGGUGCAAUGCAGUACCAAGGUGGAGCAGCUCUGCUGCUUGAACGGCUCCGCAACUGGACGUUAACAAUUAUUAAAGAAAACUCCCCUGAUCGCAAGAUUCCUGAACAAGUGAUGCGCCCGAUUAUACAGCAGGUGCUGCUGGCUUUGCAAUACAUGAAUGAGGCCAAGGUGCUGCACAAUAACAUUGAAGGCAGUAACAUCCUUGUACAAGAGUCCGGACUGGUCAAGCUUGUAGGAUUUGGACUGGCCAUAGAUGUCUCCGGGGACGAAGAAUUAUUUGUUGCAAAGGGAUCUGUGGUUGAUAUUAAGCACCAUCUCAAUCCACCGGAGUUCCAGCAGGCCCAUCCCAGCUUGCCAAUCACUACAAAGGUUGAUAUCUGGCAGCUGGGAGUAUUGAUCUUCAAACUGGUCACCGGGAGAACACACACAUCACCUGUACCGAAAAGGCCAAGUCACCGAGGACAGCUGAGAGCGGUGUUGGAAGGAUGUUCGGUCUUCAGCGAUGACGCUUUCCUCGCUCUGUCAGGCGAGCUUCAGGAUCUCAUAACUGCAGCACUAACAUUCGACCCUAAGAGACGCCCUAGUGCAACGGAUCUGCUAGCUCAGCGCUGGCUCACCGAUGCCCCAGGUUACAGACACGGAAUACAUGUGCAAUAUCGGGAGAAGUGUUCGCCGGGAGAGCCUGGUAAACUUGACACGGAGCAGGUGAAAGCCGUCGCUCAACGGUUGACGAUGAUGCCUGAAGUGGUCCAAAACAUUGUGAUACGCAAUCCAACUUCCUUAAUCGGUUUGAUGUACUCCGUCAAAGAAAAGGGGCAAGUGCUAAAAUCCUUCGAGAGCUUGAGGAAGCAGCCUCAGCAUGGGCAGCAGUGUGCGGCUAACAAUCCGGAUUGGAAUGAGGUGCUUGUAGAGUACUGUACUGAGAUCUUUGCGGAUGACGCCCAGUUUUGCCAGGGCAAGGCAGCCGCCGCCGCAGCCCCGGCUGCGGGCGUCGUACCAGCCUUUAGACGUCAAAAGGUCGUAGUAAGCAACACUGAACUCUGGCGACCAGCCACAGCCCCGUCGCCUGACGAGAAAGCAAUACGGCAAAUGGAGCGUGAAGCUGCGGCUGUUUUGGGAGGCAAGAAGGCCCAGACUGCUGUGGCAGGCAAGAAGCCCCAGACUGCUGUGGCAGGCAAGAAGGCUCAGACUGCUGUGGCAGGCAAGAAGGCCCAGACUGCUGCAGGAGGCAAGAAGGCCCAGACUGCAGCGGGAGGCAAGAAUGCCAACGGUAAGCAAACAGCCAGUCGCAAGCCGGCUUACAAGCGGCUUGUUCAACGCCCGGAAUCCUUUGUACUUAAAGAGCGCAUUAAUGACCAGGACCGAGUGACACAUCAGCAGGACACCCAUGCCCAGCACAUUCAUGUAAAACCUCACCAACAGAAGGAACACUGCAAAGAGAAUGUCGACCCGAUAGCCCAGUCGUUCCUGUGAAGCACAUGCAGCCAGCAAGAGACGGCAUGAUGAAGGUGCUCGGCAGGGUACAUGGACACAAAG